AUGUCAUUUCACACACUCAGCGUACGAGAAUUGAAGCUCUUUUUGGAUGAUCUACAUAAGUCUGUGGAUGAUGAUCUGGAUAACGACUUCAGAAAGAUCUUGUUUUAUUUGUUCGGGUUUACCAGUGUACGACUAGAAGAUAUCGUGAAGGACAAGGAAUUGAAUAAUAACCUUGAAAACUUCCAUCUAUUGUCGAGGUUGGUCAAUGGAAUAGAAUUGGUUCUCACAAAACACAAACAAUUGUUAAACUCAACUGUCACUGAGAAGGAAUCAAAGAUCUCCACUCAGGCCAGUGGAGGAGAUAUCCAAAUUUUGGAAGUUGGAAGCAAUGAUGUGAUGGUGUUUGAAUGGAUCAUAAAUUACUCACUAGCAUAUCUUUCAUAUAAGAAUAUUCUGAGUCUAGCAAACCCGUCCAACAUAUUGAAAUCAUUGAUAAUAUCAAUUAUUAAUCUUGUAACUACUAAACUUCAUAACUUCCGAUACAAAUUCAAAAUAAAAAAAUUCCUUCUCAGUAAAUUGGAUGAUUCAUUGAACUAUCUACUCAAUGGUAUUGGAUUGGCUCAUUCGUUAAGCUCUAUGACUUACAAGAGAAGGUUGGCGGCCACUGUGCAUCUUUUUACCAUCAUCAACGACUAUGAUAUAUCUUGUAAAUUAGGGCUCAUCACUUGUGAUUUUGAACUAAAGCUAGAAAGUUACGCUAGGAAAUUAUGGUUUGUACUCGCAUCUGUCAACUUGCCAAGUAUAUAUCAAAAUACGCAAGAUAUCCAGUUGGUGGACAAUCUUAGAUCGUUGCUUGUUUUAAAUUGUUGCAAUAAUUUUGUCCUAAAUGAAAUUGACGUAAAUUUCUCUCAAAUAACAUAUGUAACUCUGUGGAUAAUAGAACAUAUAAUAUCAUUGGAUGAUACUACAGUUAAGCUGAAUUGGAUAAAUGAGAAAUUGACCAGUAUGAACAAAUGCUCAGCAUAUUUCUUGCUAAAGCUUUUUGUCCUAUGUAUUGAUUCUGGGAUUGUGAAAACUUUUACAUCUUUACUUCAAUUAAAAGUUAUUCUACAGAAUUAUAACCAAUGGAUAAAAUUAGUAGCUAAGAAAAGGCCAAAUAUCGAUUUAAUUAACAUUCAAAAGGUUUUACAUAUAAUUUCCGUGUAUGAAAAUGAGGACUCAGAGGAUUCUGAUAUAACUCACUUCAAUAACAAACAACUUGAUGAUCUAAGGAUGCGGGUAUUCAGCUUUAAACCUGAAGUGUUUCACUCAAUUACCACUCCUAAGGAACAUCCACUACUACAACUAACAUUACCAACUAAAUAUAAAUUUGAUUUUAAACAUAAAUUUGAUGGGCAAGAAUGGAAUCGUUAUCUUAACAAACAGUUAACUUCUACGAAGUUAGAUGAUGUUGAAUUGUUGACCAUAUUAAAUGCAGUGGGGAAUGUUGCAUGUAUAUUGCUGAAUGACUUCGUUGAGUCAAUAGGGGAAUGUUGGACAUGUGGUAGUUCACCUUUGUAUAAGAGUUCUUACGAUGCGAUAUCACCAGAAAGGAAGUACGUGACUGAGAAUCAGCAAAUGAAUACGUUAUAUAAGACAAUUAUUGUUGAAAAAUUAUUACCUUUGAUCCCCAGUUCCAAAUUCAUAUUGACCUCAUCCUUACUUCUUGCAUUAUACAAAAUAUUUGCUCACUUCAAACCUCCCAAAAAUUCGAUCACACCAAGUGAAGUUGACCCCAUAUACAAAUUCAUAAUAACAUGUGCGUCGCUGUCUACUAAUCGAGAUGUAAGAUUAUUGGCCGGCAGAAUUUUACCUUUAUAUUUAAUCUGUUCCAAAGACGACAAUACAUUGGUAGAAAUAAACUUUAGGCAAAUAUUUGGAAAUAUUUCGUCAAUUAAGUUUGAAGAUCAGAGAAAAAUAUAUCUUGCUGAAUCCACAUUUUAUACCUUGGGGGAAUUGGCCAUAGUUACUAGCAAUGGAGAAUUUUUAUGUGCCUUAUUCAUUAAAUUAAUUGAUUUAUUUGGUGAAGUGAAUGAACAGCAUGUAAACUUGAUAUACAAUGUCCUUUUGAAUGUCUCAGCAGCGAAACAAGUAACGCCAUAUAAAUUACUAUCUCCCUUCUUGCCGAGCAUCGCAGAGAGAAUAGUUAAACAAUCCAGAAUGUUUUCUAAGAUAACUGAAUUAUUGGGUAUUUCCAAAAAAUAUUUUCUUGUAAGAACAAGAGAUUAUACAACGCCUAGGCUUUUGGAAUACUAUAAAUAUGAUUUCAUUCAAGAUAUUGCAGAUUCUUCAGGAAUGACAAAGCUACAAUUGAUAACUAAAACUUUACCUAGGAUCAUAGCGACUUACCUAUGUAAAAGUGGGAAUAUAAAUGAAAGUAACAUAAUAAGUGUAUUAGGAAACGCUGCACCUGAAUUUAGGUUAGCAAAGAUGUUAGAUUUGAUCGUCAACAUUGGAGCAAUAACUUGGUACAUCCUCUUGCAAAUUAGAUUUGACGAGAAUAAGAAAUUUGAGAAUAAAGUGGAAAUACUCAAUGCUUUAGAAUAUAUUGGUAAAGCCAGCCAAAUAAAAAAUACAAAAAAGAAAAGUGCAGGUAAUAGUAAACGACUGCAAGCUGAAACUGUGAAAAUCUUAUUAGGUGAUCAUAUUUUGGAAUUAGUUCAGCGAUUUUCAGAAAAUGUGCAUCAUAUUAAAGGAUCUAAACCAUAUCUAGAAAAGGUCUCUUCACUUACAGCAAUUGAAUUUCUUAUAGAAACCAAUAUAUCUGCAACCUCAACUGCAUUGGGGCAGAUUUCUACUUGUUUGCAGGCAUCUUUAGAAAAUUCUGAUUUUCAACUACAAGCUAUUUCUUGCUGGAACUUAUUGGUGCAGAAGUUAGAAACUCCUCAUUUAAUUUCACUUUUCGAUAUCAUCAUACUGAUAAUUUUUCAAAAGUUUUCUCAAUUUGAGCAUAAGUCCAAAGUUAUUGCUGUUGAAAUAUUGAAAAGAUUAUUUUUGGAGCUUCGAGACAAGUACAACAAGUAUGCACUAUACUAUUUUUCGGUUCCAUUUGUUGGAGGCUUGGAUAGAUACUAUCAGUUGGAUUCUAGUUUUAUAUCCCUCUUGAGACAAAAGUCAAAAACGAACCAUUUUCCUGAAUUUACUAGAAGACUUAAAACUGGUAAUAGAUAUGUGGUGCAACAAGCUUUGACUGAUUUAAUAAACUUCACAACGAAAAAUCAAAAGCUGUGCCAGUUGGAUGAUUUUAAAGACAAGGAUCAAUUAGUUACUAAGAGUGUGCUGGAAUUGUUAAGGACCUUAUUAGAUACAGCCCAACUGUUCAAGAAUAAGAAUUUGCCGGAAAUUUCAACAAAAUGUGCAUAUGCAAUUUCGGUGAUUGGUGCCCUAGAUCCUAAUAAGUUCAGUUUGAAAUCCAUUAAAGAACAAGUUAUUGUAAUUAACGAUUUUGGUGAUUACAGGGAGAAUUCUGAAUUUCUCAGGAGGUUCAUGGAAGAUAUCGUCAUCAAAUCUUUCUGGGCCUCAAACACUCCAGUUAAGCAGUUAUACAGUGCAUAUUCUAUGCAAAAAUUUCUUAGCGUUUUGAAGCUUGAUGAAACAGUUUUAUCAACUCCACCUGCUACAUCUACUACUCAAGAAUACUUUGUAGAAGUUUGGAAGAGGUUCAGUGAUGUUGCGAAAUCAACCUUAACCCCAUUUUUAUCAUCUAAAUAUAUUCCUCCAUCUUUUAAGUACGAGCCUUUGAAGUUUCCUUUCUAUAAACUUAGUAUGACAUAUGAAAGAUGGCUAGUGGUAUUGACAAGUAAUUUGUUAAACAGAGCAGCAAGAUUAGGGGAAGAUGGACUGCAAAGUGAAGAUGAGGCAACAUUAAAUACUCCAAAGGCGAUAAUUUUUAGAACUUGUUCAGUUCUUGUUCGCGAUCAAGAUCUCACAGUAUGUAAUUACUUGCUAAAGUAUGUUUCACUACUGCUUGUGAUAAAUGGCGGAAAAUCUUCAUUUGAGGACUUAAAGACUGAAUUUUUAAGUAUCUUGACAAACGAUUCAUCCAAGGUGCCACCAGAUUUGUCUGAACUGUUGAUUAACUGCUUUCAGUCAGUCUUGGAAGUUUUGGAUUAUUUUAACGAAUGGUAUUCAUUCGCUACGCAGUAUCUAAAUGACAUGGGUGCACCUUCUCUGAGUGCCGCUCAUAAAUUGAGAAAAUCAUUGAAUUUAGUGCAAUCUUUCUUAAACCACUUGCCAAUGACUUUAAUCGCAACAAAGUCGGCUGAAUGUGACUCAUAUGAGAGAACUAUACUUUAUUUAGAAAAGUGUUAUAGGGAUAAUCUUGUUACAGAUGAAGUAGUGGUCCCCACUUUGCAAAAGAUGUACUCCAACAUUAAUGAUUUUGAUUCAUUGAGUGGAAUCUUAAAGAAGUUUUCUACAAACAAUUUAAAGGAGAAAUUGUCUACCUUUCAGUACAAUGAAAAUUGGUCACUUGCACAAGAAUCGUUCCAGGUAUUAAGUCUGAUGGGAGAUGCCGAAGAUAAGGUUGAGAAUAAUGCUAAAUUGUUGACAUCGCUAAGCGAACAUGCCUUCUAUGAAGAGGUACUUUCAAAUUUAGGGUCCAAGGUAGAUUUUUCAAAAAACUUGAAUGAUAUACCGUUGAAUUGGUCUAUGGCUGGUUUGCAGGCAUCUGUAUUAUCUGGCGAUAUUCUUCAAUUAAAAAAGUGGGUAUUUAUAACUGACUCUAUUGCAACUAGUAGACAAGACAAGGAUACUGCAAUGAAUUAUCACAUUGCUAAAGGAAUCAAAUUCUUGUACGAAGGCAACAAGGACGAAUUUUCUAGAUGUAUUAAUGAGGUCUAUUCAAUAAUUGGGAGUUCGCUUGUUUCAUCCAUGUCAUCUUCUUCCUUUUCUAGGAAUAGUAUGUUGAUUAAUCAGUUACACUCUCUCUAUGACAUAAUGGUGAUAUCUAAAGGAGGUUUCAACGUGAAUGGAGCAACUGAGGACUUCAUUCUCAAAGAAAGGCUUUCCAAUACUGAUCAGUCUUUUGAAACUCAAUGGGGAAUUUUGGCAAUACAUUAUGUCAUAAACUUACUGACUGGUAGUGGUAGUAAAAUUGGAGAUAUUUUAAUUCGAAGCUCAGAAACUGCUAGAAAGAAUGAGAGGUUGGACGUGGCUACAAGAUGUAUUAUGAAAGCUAUGGCUCUAAAUGAGAAGGAAGCGAAUGUUGAAUAUGCAAAAUUAUUGUGGGCACAGGGUAGGCAAACGGAAGCCAUAAAAAACCUUUCGAGUAUUAUUGACGAUGGGGAAUUUAAGGAUACUCAACAAAAAGCGAAAGCCCAACUUCAGUAUGCUGUUUGGCUAGAUGAAUCCAAUCACAGUUCUUCGACGACUAUUAUCAAUGAAUAUACAAAGGCUUAUAAAUUAGAAGCUAUUUGGGAUAAGCCUUACUACGACUUGGGUAAGUACUACAGUAAAAUUAUGGAAUCACAAGCUGUAAUUGAAAGAAGCAUGACUGCAAGUAAGACUGGUAAGAUUACCACAAGUGGGUAUUACGAACAGCAAACCAUUCGUUAUUUCCUAAAGGCUUUAGCUUUGGGCCCAAGUUUUAUAUUUGAGGCCCUUCCCAAGUUAAUUACCAUUUGGUUGGAUUUUGCCCAGUUGGAAAAUAAAUCCGAAGAAGCUGAGAGAAAAUUGAAUCAAAUAGUUCAAGAUUUAAGAACUUCUAUCGAUAAUAUACCCAUCUAUGUUUGGUACACAUCUAUUACUCAAUUGUUAUCUCGUAUUGGGCAUAGCCACGAACCUUCGUCUCUUUUAGUCAUUCAAAUUAUUUCCAACUUGGUGCAGGCAUACCCAAAGUAUAGUCUUUGGUACAUCCUUUCACACUUAAAUUCUAAUGAUAGAAUUAGAAGAAAUAGAGUAAGUUUGGUGUUGGCAGAUUCCCAGAAAAAGAAAUCAGGUCUUGAUCAAAUAAUUGCUGGAGCUCAAAAACUAUUCACAUCCUUAAUAAAAAUAGCCCAGUUUGAUAUAAAAAAAAAUACAGUUGUCAAAAGGUUAUCAUUACGCAAGGAUUUCGAAAAUUUCUCAUAUUUGAGCGAUCCGUGUACGGCUUUGGUUAUUCCAGUGCUUUCAAAUCUUGAUAUAAGAUUACCCCUGGGUAAGUAUACACCUAAGCUGUUCACAGCUUUCCCGAAGGCUUCGGCUGUUACUUUUAAUGGAUUUGAUGAUGUAAUUAAUGUUUUCCAGUCUCUACAGAAGCCGAAACAAAUCACCAUUCGCGGAUCUGACUUUAAUGUAUUCAGGUUACUCCUCAAACGAGACGAUACCCGAAAAGAUGCCAAGGUUGUCGAAUUUACUGCUAUGAUAAAUCGACUUUUAAUUGCAAGUAAUGAAACAAGAAAAAGACAACUUUGUGUAGUUAAUUAUUCUGUUGUUCCACUUGCAGAGAAUUUGGGUGUCAUAGAAUUUGUUCAUGAUGUUGCUACUAUGAAGAGCGUAAUAAGUGACCAAAGGCAGAGAAUGGGUGGCGGUGGUGGUAACUCAUUUGAUAAGAAACUAUUUCUCAAAUUGGAUGGAGCUCAAAGGAAAUUCAAAUCUUCCUCAAGGCAAAACAUUGAUAUAACAUCCUUGAUGGAAUACUUUCAGGAAUUAUGCAAAUUGGCUCCACCAGUUUUGCAUAAUUGGUAUCUUCAUCAAUUUUCAGAUCCUGGUGCAUGGUAUUUGGCGAGGACGACGUUUACGAGAUCGUCGGCAGUAAUGUCAAUGGUAGGCUAUAUCAUUGGACUUGGGGAUAGACAUUGUGAAAACAUCUUAUUUUUAAAAAAAACGGGUGGAGUUUUACAUAUAGAUUUUGAUUGCUUAUUUGAAAAGGGUAAGACUUUACCAGUUCCUGAAAUAGUUCCAUUCAGAUUGACUCCAAAUUUAACUGACGCAAUGGGAAUCACUGGAGUAGAGGGAAGCUUUAGAAUUGCUUGUGAGGCUACUGCCACUUUAUUAAGAGAGAAUGAGGCUCCGUUAAUGAAUAUAUUGGAAACGCUAUUGUACGAUCCCCUUUUAGAUUGGAAAUCUGAUAGGAAAUCUUCUUCAAAUACUCCAGAAGAUCAUUUAAGAACUGUCAGGAGAAAAAUCAGAGGUUUGGUGGAUGAAAAAGAAGGAUUGCCCAUGAAUGUUUCGGGACAGGUAGAUGUCUUAAUUCAAGAAGCUAGUUCGCCAGAACUUCUAUGUCAAAUGUAUGGUGGAUGGGCUCCUUACUAUUGA